GUUCAUCUCCCAAGGAGGCAUUGCAACUACAAGACAAUUGUAAUGGGCUUCCCAGCUCCCACCUCCAUGAGUUACCAAUUCCCCAAGUUGUAGACGCCUUCAAUGGUUUUUCUGUCAGCAACUUUACUUUCAUCAAGAAGCUCAAAGCUUUAACCAGCACUUGCAGAGGUUAGUUAUGCUACACGUUUGUGCCUUUUCUUUCGAGUAGUUGGAAGUUGUGUCCACAUUUGGUAAAGCCAGCUUCCUUGGAUUAAUCUGUUGGCCUGAAUGGGUAUGCCCAUUAUCUUAAUCAUGAAGUAUUCCAGGUUAUUCUGUGCAUGAAAUUGUUUUUGAUAGAUUUUUCUGCAAUGUCUGCCAAGAACAAUUUUCUUCUUUUCUUGAACAUCUCAUUUCUGUUAGUGGGAUGUGCUUUCUUGAUUAUACAUCUCUACACUUCAGAAUGUCUUGUUUUGAGCAAAUUCAAUGGUCUCACUAGCAGCAGCCAGCAAGGCUGCAAGGCCUUGCAUACGCUUGAUGACUUCAAAGCCAAGUGUUCCUACAUUAAAUCCCAUGACCCAUGUGUUUCCCAGGGCUAUAUUGAUUAUCUUUACCUUUUCUAUUGCAAAAUUGGGAGUUUUCCCUUUCUGGGUUAUUCUCUUCUUUCUCUGUGGCUUCUAGUUCUGUUUUAUCUGUUGGGAAACACAGCUUCUGAGUACUUUUGUUCUUCACUUGAAAGCUUGUCAAGGUUACUAAAAUUGUCUCCUACAAUUGCUGGCGUUACUCUGCUUUCUCUUGGCAAUGGUGCCCCUGAUAUUUUUUCAACCAUCGUCUCCUUUAUGGGUAGUGGGACAUGUGAUGUUGGCCUUAACACAAUACUAGGGGGUGCUUCCUUUGUAACAUGUGUUGUGGUUGGAAUCAUAAGCAUUUCAAGUCGAAAAAAGCAGAUUCGAGUAAACAAGUCUGCCUUUAUAAGAGAUGUUUGUUUUUUCCUUUUGGUUCUUGUGUUCUUGAUUGUCAUAUUGAUUCAGGGGAAAAUUGAUCUGUGGGGUGCAAUUGCUUUUACUUCAUUGUAUAUUGUUUAUGUGAUAAUGGUUUGCACCUCACAUUACCACUCGAAGAAUGGCGGAGAAGACGGUGAAAGACAUGGUAAUUCUGGCAAUGGCAGUGACUUGACCAUACCUAUUCUUACUGACAUGGAGAAUGGGGAAGGUGAGUCUUUAGUACAAGUCAAGAAGAGCUGCUUUUGUCUCAGAUCAUCAGCUUUUUGUGCUACAUUUCUUUGCAUCCUUGAGAUGCCUCUUUCUUUACCAAGGCGAUUGACAAUUCCUGUUGUUUGUGAGGAGAAAUGGUCUAAGCCAUAUGCAGUUGCUUCAGUGACAUUAGCACCACUGCUGUUGUCAUCUCUUUGCAAGCCUCAUCACUAUGGAAUUGGGUUGAGUUUUGGGAUUGCUUUUGGGGUUCUUGCUUUCUUGAAAACUGACAACUCUUGCCCACCAAAGAAAUUCACUUUUCCUUGGCUUGCAGGGGGCUUUUUAAUGAGUGUAACCUGGAGCUAUAUCACUGCUCAGGAAUUGGUAGGGCUGCUGGUUUCUCUUGGGUAUAUGUGUGGAAUAAAUCCUUCUAUACUUGCUCUAACAGUCCUUGCUUGGGGCAACUCACUUGGAGAUCUGACCACAAAUCUAACAAUGGCUAUCAAUGGCGGAGCAGAGGGAGCUCAAGUUGCUAUAUCAGGCUGCUAUGCUGGCCCCAUCUUCAUCACUCUCUUUGGCUUAGGCUUGUCUCUUGUAGGCUCAUGUUGGGCAAACUACCCUUCAUUUGUAGUGAUGCCUAGCGAUCCACACCUCUUGGAGACACUAGGGUUUUUGGCAGGUGGCUUACUUUGGGCUCUUGUGGUUUUGCCUGUGAGAGGCAUGAGGCUAGAUGGGGUUUUGGGAGGAGGGCUUUUAGUUGUUUAUAUAGUUUCUCUGUUUUUAAGGUUGAUACAAACAGAUGGGUCUCUCAGCCUUGUUAAUAUGUAUAAAUAAUUAGAAACACUAGGUAUUUAGUAGUAGACUGUUAUAUACGACUAUCAGAUAUGUAAGCGUGAUGACGUGGUCGUGAACAUCAUUUCGAGACGAAAUGGAUGUAACUAGAUGUAUCCAUGUAAUUAGUUUACUAAUUAAAAAGCUUCUUGUAAAGCGACUAUCUUGCUUAGCUCA